AUGGAAGCUCUCGGUCAUGGACUUCCACCAUUGAACACUCUCACUCUCUCGCGUUGUGACUCUCAGAAACAACUUUUCAACAAGCCACUGGUGUUAAGGACAGGACACCGCCUCUAUUCUCCAUCCCCACCUUAUCUGAAACUCAGACCCCUUUUUGGGACUCGCCACAGUGGCUAUGCAAGUGUGGUAAAAAUGCAAGCAGUUGAUGAAGAUUAUGAGUUGAAGCAAAUGAAAGAUAUGGCUGCAGCUAGAAAGAGAUGGGAGACCCUGGUCAGGGAUGAGAAAGUCAAAGUUCUGACCCCAAGGGAAGCUGGGUAUGCAAUAAAACUUACCGACAAAACCCUACUUGAUGUUCGUCCGUCUAUCGAACGUAAAAAGGCAUGGGUUAAAGGGUCAACAUGGAUUCCAAUCUUUGAAGUUGACAGUAGAUUUGAUGCUGGAACUCUUUCCAGGAAGGCCACAAAUUUCAUGAUGGGAGGUUGGUGGACUGGCGUGCCUUCACUCUCCUAUGAUAAUAAAUUCUUAUCAAAAGUUGAGGAGAAAUUCUCGAAAGAUACUGAUCUUAUAGUGGCAUGCCAGAAGGGAUUGAGAUCUCUAGCAGCUUGUGAGCUACUGUACAAUGCUGGUUAUAGAAACCUUUUUUGGGUUCAAGGGGGUCUGGAGGCUGCCGAAGAAGAGACUAAAGAGGCAAUGAAAUCUUAUUUGGAGCAGGAUGUUGAAAGGGAAGGUCCUCAGCCUUUUAAGUUUGCAGGAAUUGGUGGGCUUUCAGAGUUCCUUGGAUGGACUGACCAACAAAGAGCUGCAGGUGCCAAGGAGGGUUGGGUUACCGAUUAG